AUGCCGCCAACACCCUCGCGCUCGGCGGCGCGCGGAGGUGCGCGUCGGAGACAAAGCUCUUCGCUCCAUCCACAAUUCGGUCCAUGCGCGAGCACUAUAGUAUCCGCAGGUGGCACCUCACUCCAGACCUCUAGAGGGGUCAAAGCAACCAACGAUGGCGCUCUCCAAUUCAUCCAUCCGGCGCUGGCCCUAUCCACCGGCGUCCCCGUCUCCUCGUCGUCCACCUCUGGCCUGGGUCAAGCGGCAGCAGCGCAGAUUCGCGGUCGCCGACCCUUCAACCAUCGCAACCUCUUCGCGCGCGAUCUGCGCAAUCUCAUGUACGCGUACGGCGACGCACCGGAUCCAGAUCCAGACUCGGUGAUGCUCAUGGAGGAGAUGACGGUCGACUUCAUCACCGACCUCUGCUGUCGUGCACGCCCCAGCCCGUACGCACUCGGUCUGGGGACCAGCUCGAUAUCCAACAGCUCAAGCGCGUUCGGUGCGACGCUAGAGCAGCACGCUGACGGAAUUGUCACCGGAGAGACACUUCCACCACGCGCACCACAUCGACUGCGUGUCAAGCUGGAAGACUUCCGUCAUGCACUAAGGAAGGAUGUCGAGGCGAAAAAGCUCGGUCGUAUGGAACAGCUGCUGUAUGCCGACAAGGUGGUGACAGAAGCGAGACGUGUGGGUGGUGUUGAAGAGGCGGCAGAGCGUGCAGGGGCUAUGCAGACAGACAACUUGCCGCCGCCAACGUCGAAUGCGGAUGGACCGGCACGAGACGCCAGCCUCGAGGACCUGGACGACGACGAUGAUGAUGGUCAGGACGGGAAAGCGGGAAGGGGAGGCAAAACGGGACGGGGUCGUGGAAGGGGUGGUGCUGGCAGCAGAGGUGGUGGAAGGGGCAGAGGCAAGCCAAACGGCGCCAGAGCCACGUCGACAGCUGGAUCGGCGAGAUCCUCCGUCGCGCCUGCGUAG